AUGCUAUCGCGCAGUGCACUCCGAGCUGCAGCUCACAGUAGCCGGCAAAUCGGCCCUCGAUCCGCAACCACGACACCCUCCUUCCCCGCGGUCGCCGGUAAAGCUCAAUGCGCCAGUUCCACCUUGCCCUCGGGUCGGAGGUACAUCUCCAUGUAUGGUUACACACAGGCUAAGGCACUGGUAUACUCGAAAUACGGCGAGCCGAAGGAUGUUCUCAGUCUGCACAAACACUCUAUUUCCGCACCCCAUGGCACCCAAGUGAACUUGCGACUCCUCACAGCUCCCAUGAACCCUGCAGACGUCAACCAAAUCCAAGGCGUCUACCCCAGCAAACCGCCCUUCCAAACCGCCCUCGGCACAACCAUCCCUACCGCAGUCGGCGGGAACGAAGGUGCUUUCGAAGUCAUCUCCACCGGUGCAGGGGUUAAGAAUCUGACCAAGGGUGAUUGGGUCAUCAUGAAGCGGACGGGUCAAGGAACCUGGCGCACACACGCGCAAUUGGACGAGUCCCAGUUAAUUCGCAUCGAGGAUAAGGAGGGCCUCACCCCUCUCCAAGUCGGGACCGUCAGCGUCAAUCCCGUCACGGCUUACCGCAUGAUUAGGGAUUUCUGCGAGUGGGACUGGAUGCGUGCGGGCGAGGAGUGGCUGAUUCAGAAUGGAGCGAACUCGGGUGUUGGUCGCGCUGCGAUUCAGCUUGGACGUGAGUGGGGAAUCAAGACGCUGAAUGUCGUCAGGCAGCGGAAGACACCAGAAGAGACGGAGGCGCUGAAGCAAGAGUUGAAGGAGUUGGGUGCGACGGUUGUCAUCACUGAGGAGGAGAUGCUGACAGGAAACUUCCGCGAUAUGGUCAAUGAACUUACUCGUCAGGGUCGGGAGCCGAUUCGUCUUGCGCUCAACUGUGUGGGUGGCAAGAAUGCUACGGCGCUGGCGAAGACUCUGGCGCCAGAUUCGCAUAUGGUGACCUACGGUGCAAUGUCGAAGCAGCCGGUGGCUCUCCCUUCGGGGCUUCUGAUCUUCAAGAACCUCUCUUUCGAUGGAUUCUGGGUGAGCAAGUGGGGUGACAAGAACCCACUGCUCAAGGAGAACACCAUCAAGGAUGUUCUGCAGCUCACUCGUCAGGGCCGCUUCCGUGACAUCCCCGUGGACAAUGUGCAUUGGAGCUGGGACGCCGAAGGGCAUGCGCUGGCAGAGAGCGUCCAGGGCACCCUGGGUGGAUACCGCAGUGGAAAGGGCGUGUUUACCUUCACCGGUGGCGAUGAGUAA